GAAUCUUGAAUCUUCACAUAACAGAUAAUUCCUCUUAACCACUUCGUUAAAUCCCCAUCCCCUCUUUCUCUCUCUAGACUCCUCAUACAUAAUAUAUUAACCUUUCGCGGCGAUUUCACGUCAAACACAAAACGCAGAGGCAAACAACGGAGCGAAAGAGCGGCGAUUUAAAGAGGUUUGGAUGGUGUUUUCCGGUAAGAAAAGAGAAACAACGGAGGAAGAUAUGGAGAGAUUGAAGCCACUGCACAAUUUCGAUUCACCCUACUUAAAGUGGGGGAACCAGAAGCUUCUACGCUGCAUGAAGGUAGUCGAUCGGAGUCAUUCCACGGAGAGCGGCGGCGGCGGCUCUAUGAUCGGAACACGGCCGAGAGAUUCGGAUUUUGAAAAACGAAAGCGAUUCAGAUCGAGUGGUGAUAUUAAUAAGGUUUCUUCGUCGUCGGCGAGGAUAAACGUCGCCGGAGACGGUGAGAUAUCGGCGACUAGAGAGAAACUGAUGAUCGAUUUUCAUAAACAGGUUGGCGAGAUAAAGGACGCUAUUCUCCGAGACGGUCUGGUGGAUGCAACCGCAACGACUUCGUUCAAUUCUCCGGCAGAUAGGCCGUGGAAUUUGAGGACUAGAAGAGCUCCGACGAACGGCGUUAACGGUAACGGUGAGGUUUUGAAACCUAAUUCUUCUCCGGUAACAAACGAAUACAAAUAUCCGUCUAAUAACGGUAACGGUGAGAAAAAAGAGAGAGCGAAGUUUUCGGUUUCACUUUCACGGCGUGAAUUGGAGGAAGAUUUUAUGGCAAUGGCUGGCCGGAGACUGCCACGUAAGCCGAAGAAACGACCGCGUUUUGUUCAAAAGCAAUUGGAUACUCUGUUUCCGGGAUUGUGGUUAUCGGAGAUAACCGCUGAUCUUUACAAAGUUCCCGAUGAGGCCGAAACCGGGAAGAAGUAGUAUUAGGGAUUUGAUGGAUAACAACAAUGGAUAAGUAUGAUGAUUCUUGAUUUCUUUGGUGUAUGGCUGGAAUUGAUGCUAAUUUUGGGUAGUCAAAACAUGUUCAUAUUUGUAGUUUUUGAUUGUGAAUGCAAUAAAUCUUAAGGUUUCUAAUCUUUAUAACUUUUCUCUUAA